GCCCCCGUUCUGAGCAAAAAAUGCCGGUGCAGUCUGGUCACGGCUAAUUAAACUGGGUGCUGGAAGGUAGGCUAGAAUUGCGCGCGGACAUAUAUUAGGCGCGGCUGGCGAGGGGAGCCAAUCAUAUUGAGCAGGCGCGAGCAGUUGAGCCGGCCGCAAGCGUGCACACAGGAUGCUCUAUAUACAGGUCCAUGUAAUUAAGGCUCGAAUAGUGCGGGUGCGUCGGCGCUGCAUGGGGUCUGGCGUUGGAUGGAUGGGGUGCGGCUUCUACGAUAUGGGUAGUGUUUGGAUGAGAUUGAAGAAUUGGGGUUUUUCCCUCAUUAGUGGUGAGCCUCAUGUUCUGGGGAAUCUUUAUGUGUAUAUAGUCGGUGAACGUGAGGGGUGAAUGGAGAUGGGAUGUUUACAGUUAAUCCAGAUGGUA